AUGAUAUCAAUAUGUUUAUGUGAUUUAACAAUGUUUUCAAGAGAGAAAUGUUUAACAUUUCAUUUAUUUUUAUUGAAAACUCUUUGGAUUUUAUUUCCUCUUUUACCUUCAAAAUCCAAAAGAGAUGAAUGGACAAUUAAAUAUUAUUUUCUCUUAAUUUUAUUAAAAUUAAUAAUAAAUCAUUGGAUGUAUCGAUGGACAAUGAAUUGUGAAACACGAAUUAAUUAUGAAAGAAUUUUUAUGUUUUAUAUUACAAUAAUGACGAUAUCAUAUGUACUUGAUAUUCAAAUUGUUCUUGUUCGUAUAUUAACACGAGAUAAAUAUACAGUUGAAUCAUUUACCAAUUUUCCAUUGUUUAGUUUAUCAUUAAGAGAAAUUUGGGAUCAACGAUACAAUAGAAUAGUUGACAGGCCAGGCAGGCCUAGUGACCUGGUUGGGGCUCUGGUUGAUACAGUUUUAAAAGAAUCAAUAUUUGAACCUAUUCGUUCGGAACUUUCAUCUUCAACAAUUGCUGGUCUAACAACAUUUCUUAUUAGUAGUCUUCUUCAUGUUCAUAUAGUUGUUGUUAGUUUUGAUGAUCUAUCAUAUGUAUUUUAUACAUUUAUAUUUUUUGUUUUACAUGGAAUUGUUUGUGGUUUAGAAGCAAAUAUGAAAAUUCAAUUUCCUGAACAUGUUGGAUGGUUAUUAACACAUACAUUUCUUCUUCUUACAGCAUCAUUCAUUCUGGGACCACUUAUACGAAAAGGAUCUCCAUUUUUCAUGCUUCAUCCACCACCAUUUUAUAAUAACAAAUGA